GUUAAUACUUGAUAAAAGAAAUGUUAAGAAUAAUUAUUUGUACCGUAAUAGUUUUAUUUGCCUUCAAUAUAGUUGUUUGUAACGGGUCAAAUGGAGUUGGUAGAUCCAAAGGAGUACCCUCACGCAAACCUACUCAACAUGAGGUGCACUCGGCGCUUCUCCCCAGGAGUGUGCGUGGAAGAAGUGGCUCCGGUGUGGACCUUCGUGUUCAUGGCACAGAAUUGCACCGAACGUCUCGGUUGCACGAACAAUUUUCGAACAAAUCGAUUUCGAACCUAUCGACUCUGUAUGAAACGAUGUCGAGUAUUAAUCGAUAAGUACUUGGAGCUAGUCGAAUUGCAAAAUCGCAAGAAUAGCUCUAGCAGUGAAGCCGAAACUAAGGUUGAAGUGGAGAAUGAGAGAAUGGAGAAUGAAACUGGUGCCGAAGACAAGAACCUUAGAGAGGGAUUGGCUGAUUACUUCAAAACGCAACUGGGCUCGUUUAAAGAACAAACCGAGAGUUCCGAGGAAGUGGAGGAAGGUGACUACUACGCCACUCAGCAGGACACCAGGUACGUGGUCUACAAAGAUGUAAGCAGCAACGAAGACAUCAUGCCGCCAGAUGUGGACUAUAUUGCCGGGGAAAUAAGGUCCGAAUUUGAUUUGCAACGAUGGUGAUAAAUAAAAUGAU